AUGUCGAUCAAUUGGGUGAUGCUCGACGAGCGUAAAGGCUUUGUCCAUCUACCGAAUGAGAAGUUGCUAUACACAUCUCCCCCUCGCACAAGCUUCGCCUUACAACCGCCUCCAUCCUCUACCGGUCAAGACCCGUUAUCACUACAGAGCAGUGCUGGCAAAGUCUACCUUACAAAUCAACGGGUUAUCUAUAUUCCAGCUCAACGAACAGAUGAACUGGAGUCAUUCUCAGCCCCUCUUCUCAAUUUACACGACACCCAUGUUUCGUCUCCAUUCUUUGGGCCCAAUGCAUGGAAUGCAGUUGUUCAGCCGGUACCAGGCGGUGGGAUUCCCUCGUCGCUAAUAGCGGUUCAUUUGAAAAUCACAUUCAAAGAGGGAGGGGCGUUCGAUUUUCACGGCCAGUUUGAGACGAUCAAGGAGCGCCUCCAGCAAGCUGUUGAAAUCUCCCAUGAAAGUGGCCGAGGAGUUAGCAAUGUCAACAUGUCCGGUGUCCAUCUAGAAGAACUACCCGCAUAUUCUGCUCCUCAGGGUGGCUUGACUGUUAACGAUGAAGAUGUCAGCCGACGAGAACUUCGCCAGAGCCCUUCAGAGGCCAGCGGCGAACCUCAAGAGCCGCCACCAGAUUACGAAGCAGUGCAGCAACAGAGCGUCGCCAAUGAACUGGAAGAGAGAUUACGCCGGGCAAGCUGA